ACUACGGAUCACGUAUUGUGUUGACUGUCUUUUCAACUGCAGUCACCAUUGUUGCUAAGUGACGCUGCCGAUACCGCUGCGAAAUCGAAGGGUUGGAUUGAUUUGGACAAUUUAUUUCGCUGAUAAAACAUUGCUACCCCAACAUGCCGACUAUUGUUGAGAUAGUGGAUGAAGAACCGCCUGUAGAUCUGGCACCAGUCUUUGUCACAGAAGUCAAAACUAGUCCCACAGCACCUGCUGGGAAAACUGGCAAACGAGUUUCCAGUGAGUCCACCGAAGCAUUGGAUGAGGUGGAGGCAGAGAACAUUCUUGGGGAGGAGGUUGUGGAUGGCUUGCUGCAGAGUGAUGAACCAGUCAGUGAAGGGCUAGAAGGAGGAGAAAGAGAGGGAAAAGGGGAACCGCAAGUGUUGAAGGCCCAAGAUGAACCAAGCAAGAAGGAAAGAAACAGAAAGGAGGAGGAUGAAAAGGAGACAGACUCAAAGGUUCCCGAGGACGACGACAGAUAUCCAAGAAUGACAGAGAAAGCAUUGAAGGCUAUCUGCAAGCAACAUGACCUGUACAGAACACCUGAACUCAAUGAUGUCCUCUAUCUUCAUUACAAAGGCUACACUCGCAUCGAAGGACUUGACAAGUACACCGGACUGAAGGCCAUCUACCUGGAGUGCAACGGGUUCCGCAAGAUCGAGAACCUUGACCAUCAGACGGAGCUGCGGUGCCUGUACCUGCAGCAGAACAUCAUCAGCAGGAUUGACAACCUGCAGAACAUGGUCCACCUGGACACACUGAAUGUCUGCCACAACCAUAUCACCAGGAUAGAGAACAUUGCUUGUUUAACGAAGCUGAACACUCUUCAGAUCACCCACAACAGACUGACCACGGCGGAAGACCUGAUGGAACUCAAGGACUGUCCUAACCUCAGUGUUCUGGAUCUCUCUCAUAAUCGCAUCGAUGACCCAAAGAUCUUGGAGGUCUUUGCGGCCAUGCCCGUUCUGAGGGUGUUGAAUCUGAUGAACAACCCGGUCAUUAAACGGAUCAAGAAUUACCGCAAGACACUCAUUCGGGACGUGAAAAACUUGACCUAUCUGGAUGACAGACCUGUAUUCCCGAAAGAGAAAGCUUGUACCCUAGCAUGGUGGGAAGGAGGUCGCGAGGCGGAGAAAGCCGAGAGAGAUCGUUGGAUCAACAAGGAGAGGCAGAAGAUCUUGGACAGUGUAGAAGCUCUCGCUUCUAUCAGAAGGAGAAACAUAGAGAAGAGGAAAGAAAGAGAAGCCAAAGAGUUAGAAGAGCAUGGUCCUGACUUCAAACGAGAGAUCCCUGAUCCCGAGACCUUCAUCCACCAGCCCCCUGAAGAUGAAGAGCUCUUUACGUUCAACAUUGAGAAACCAUCCAGUCAGCAGAAAGCAGCUUCAGUCAGCCCUCGAGCAGCUUGGUCUGAUCAACCAACAUCUUCAGAAGAUAUUGAUGAAGGAAAGAUUAACAUUGAUGAUCUUCCCGACCUAGAGGACAUCGAUGAAGACGAGAUGAUGUGGGCCAGAAAAUCACAAAAUAAACUACUCAUUGAAGACAUUACUCCAACCAAGCAAACAGCUUCCGUAGCAACGGAUGACAGCAAACCCUCCUCAUCAAGUCGUAUUCUCAUAGAAGAGUUCGAACCAAUCAAGAGUGAAGUAAGCCGGCCGACAGGGAGAGGAGAUGCUAUGGUGUCCCCAACGAGUAUGAUUGAAGAUAUCACAUUAUCCGAAGGCCCUGCUAAAGAGGAGAAAAGCUUUGAUCAACUCAAGGCAGAGUUCAGCGACAUGGAGACGAGGUUGCCGAGAAGCUGGCAGCUGAAAGAGCAGUUCAGUGCUGCACCCAGCGGCUCCCUGGGGGAGGAGGUUGCCACAGCGCAAGAAGCUGCACCACCAAGCAGACUCCUAGUGGAAGAGCUAGGGCCUGUGAGUGAUGGUGAUGGUGCAGCGAGGGGUUCACUGGGGGAGGAGGAGGCCGAUGAGGAGAGUGAAAUGAUCAAAGAGAGGAAAGAAGAUGAAUACCUCACUUCUGAACAAGAGAGGCAGAAGGAGAUUGAGCAGAAGAUUUGGGAGCUGGCAGCCAACGCAGGAUCCACACUGGACCGGAAUGAGACGGGCGGUCUCAACAGCGAACUUAUGAGAACACUCAGGUCAAAAUACCAGGGCAUGGGACCUUAAGGUGUCUUAAUGGAAACAUGGGGCCUUAAGGUGUCUUAAUGGACACAUGGGGCCUUAGGGUGUCUUAAUGGAGACAUGGGGCCUUAAGGUGUCUUAAUGGAGACUGGGGGCCUUAAGGUGUCUUAAUAGAUGGAGGAUGCCCACACCAGAGUUUUUUGUCUAGGAACUGGCUCUAUUACCAACAUUGCAUUGGUUUUAACCAGGUAUACAUUUUGAAGACGUUAACAAUUUGAAACUGGGAGUCUCAACGGCGAACUUAUGAGAACACUCAUGUCAAAAUACCAGGGCAUGGGGCCUUAGGGCGUCACCUUUGAUAGAGCUUGCUGACAGUUGCAAUUGCGGGACAUUUGG